AUGCGUUUCACAUCCAUUACCCUCGCCUUUGCCCUCUCCGCCAUGGCGGCAGCAACAACUCCUACCCUCACCGAGCGCGCUCCCGUCCAGCUGCGCCCCCUCAAGACGGUCCCCAAACCCAAGCCUCUGAUCGCACGGGUCGCGUCCCCUCUUCCUUCGUCCUCCAGCAUCCCAAGCGGAUGCAGCGCCAGCGAAGACACCUGUGGCAUCUACUGCAUCCCGAGCUCGUACACAUGCUGCCCCGACAAGUCCGGUGGCUGUGCUGCCGACGAGUACUGCGCCAUGGGUGACAACGACCAGUAUGGUUGCUGUCCCGAGGGCGAGACCUGCACCGGCGACGGCGGCUCUCAGGACUACUAUGGUGAUGGUUCCCAAUAUAAUGACGACUCCAGUUCUGGUAGCUCGUCCGAUAGCUCUUCUGACUCCACCGAUGCGGCGGGUCAUGUGAAGCCUGGUCUUGCAGGUGUUGGAGCGGGCGUUAUGGGCGUUCUUGCUCUUGCUGUUCUUUAG